UCAUAAUUGCUUUUAGAAAAUGACGAGAGUGAGAGUAGCAAGGCUCUUGCUGAACAACAAAAUAUUUACUAACAAUUACUAAACUAUCGUGUGAUUACCUCCGUGCAUUAAACAUUUUCUUUUCUUCGACAAUCGAAAAACUAUCUGAUACUUCAUAUUGUUCCUGUAAGUUUGUAUCUAUACAUCCAUGUGUAAUCUACAAUUACAAAAUAAAGAAAAAAGAAAAAUUGCACAUCAAGAUGUAUGCAGGAGAGUUACAGAAGUUGUUCAAUAGAUCGUCCACGUACGACUGGUAGCUUAAACAAAUGUUAAUUGGUAAAAAAUGUUAAUUGGUGCCUGUCACUGAUAUUAGAGACACAAUGGUGGUCACGCCCAUCUUGAUCAACUCUCUGCCUUUGUUUUCUUACUUAUUUAAUGAGUGUGAUGUUUCUUUAGAUACAUAUUUGAUGUCACGUGCAUGUUCGAUUCCCUAACUCCUCCAAUCCAUCCCUUCCUUUGUUACUUUCUUUGUUUUAGGUUUGUUCCUCUUUACCCUGGAGUUGUUUACUUGUGAAAACUAACAACAACAACAAAAUCAGAGAUCUAUGCCAACUUUCGUCUUCUCACCCAGUACUGUUGUACAGUAUUCUUCAGGCCUGCAAGGACCUUGUCUUACUAAAGUAUCUCACGCUGACCUGACGACUUGGUGUGAGGUCGGAGUUCUACGGCCGAUCCAACAAUAAUGCGCUAGAAGGAUGUCUGCGUUAUCAAAAUUGUUAAUAUUUGAAAAGUAUUGUAGCCAAGUGCUAAGAGUUACAUAUUCAGCUAUUGGCUAUUGUAAUUCUGGACAUUACAACCUUAGACUGGUCGCGUGGACCUCGUCACCUGCCUGGGGUCGCAGUCCACAGUGUCAAGGUUACACAGUCUAUUCAUCCUACAGAAGAAACUUUGGGGAGCAGAUUUAUGAUUCGAUGUCUGUUGGCUACACAGUCUCCUCACAGUGCAGGCCACAGACUCAGUGGCAUUGCAGGGAGAAGGAAUCCUGGCCCAAUCAUCCAGAGAUCAACAGAGGUCAAAAGAGAGGGGAGUCUGUGGACUGUGGUGUCUUCGGAUCACAAAGAAUCGAAAUCAUCGAGAUGAAAGGUGGCAUCUCAUCGAACGCGCAGUGGCAGAGUUGAUGAUGAUGACGGCCAAGCCUACUGUUUGCGUGCCAACGGACCAAAGGCGACUGUCGGGUCGCCCGGGUGACGCCAUUGAAAGCUUGGACUGGCGCUGACACACAACGGCAUGUGAUCCUCCCAAAGGUCGUGCAAUCAAGCAAAGAGUACUCCUGGAAUGGGCCCCGUUCCCAUCCCCUGCAAUGACUUUCCUACACCAACUGCAGUCUCCAGCGAUGACUUCCUGCGGAUGUGGCGGCACAUACGGGCAUUUUACCAAACAUUCGUCUCGUUUGCGUGUCUGUCGGCUGGCUGUCCCGUUGUCUUUAUCUGUCAUUCUAGGUCUAUUUAUAGAUGCAAUGAAGUAGUCAUAGAACUCUGUGCGCAUCAACAGUUUUGGGCCUUACUGCUUUGGGUCAUUCGUAACACCCGUGUCUCUAUAUUGCCUCGUUUUUGGCGAGGAUCACGAUUUCUUCAGCGCAAGAAGCUGCUGUGCAUGAAAGUAUGAAGAUAUUGUCUGUAAUAUAUUGUGUAUACACAUAAAAAGUAGAUAUAAUGUGUAAAAGGGUGUAUGAAUAUUAAAUUCCAUCAAGAAUAUAGGAUUAGUUCAGAAGCUGUAUCGUAUGUCAGGUG